AUGGCGGCAAACUCUCAACAAUUUGGUACUCGAUCUGAUCCACCACCAAGGGAGGUAAAUGAAGUGGGGAUAUCCAAUAAUCUUGAGCAACAAUUGAAUAAUUUGACUGCACUUGUGCAACAAAUUGCAAUUGGACAAGUGAAGACAUGUGGAAUUUGCUCCAAUGUGGGACAUCUUACCGAUAUGUGUCCUACCCUUCAAGAGACAAAUGCAAAACAAGUAAAUGCCAUGCGAGGAUACCAAGGACAACAAAGGCAAAGGUAUGAUCCAUUUUUCAAUACCUAUAAUCCAGGAUGGAGGGAUCACCCUAAUCUUAGCUAUGGAGAAAAUCAACAAGCUACUGUCACUAAUAAUCCACCUGGUUUCCCUUACCCACGAGCUCCACAACCAUACCAAGCAAGACCCCAAAAUGUUUCCCAACCUCAAGGAAAGUCUUUGGAGGACUUGGUAAACUCAUUAGCAACUAGCUCUCUUCAAUUUCAGCAAGAGAAUCUCAAGUUCCAACAAGAAACAAAAAUGUCAAUUUGGAAAGCCAAGUUUGCCACAUCAAAGAAGGAGGAACAUGAACAAGAAAUUUUGGACACUUUUAGAAAAUUACAUGUCAACAUUCCUUUGUUGGAUGCAAUAAAGCAAGUGCCGCGUUAUGAGAAAUUUCUUAAAGAAUUGUGCAUCAACAAGAGAAAACUUAAGGGAAAUGAGGUGGUAAGCGUGGGAGAAAAUGUCUCAGCGGUUUUGCAAAGGAAGCUUCCAACAAAGUGCAAAGAUUUGGGUAGUUUCACCAUACCAUGCAUCAUAGGCAACACAAGGUUUGAGAAAGCAAUGUUAGACUUAGGUGCUUCGAUUAAUGCCAUGCCUUACUCACUUUAUCUUGAUUUAAAUCUUGGUACUCUUAAAGAGACUGGCGUAGUUAUUCAACUCGCUGAUCGAUCUAAUGCCUAUCCAAAGGGAGUUGUGGAAUAUGUUUUGGUGUAG